AUUUAGUCCUUAUAGGAGUUUAGAAACUAGAUACAACAAUCUAGUAGAUAGAUUUAAUGAAUUAAGUAGGAGUUCCGUGAAUAAAGAUGGUGCCGAAAGGAUAUUGAAUAAUAGCAAAGAGAAUUAUAAUAAAUUGUGGAAUGAAUAUUCCAAAAAUAUUGACGACUAUAACAAAUUGCUUAAAAAUACAGUAAGCAAAGAGGCUUUUGAGAGGUUGGAGACCGAAUAUAAAAAAAAUAUCAGUGAUUACAAUAAAUUAGUCGGCGAGCAUAGAGAAUUAGCAGAAAAAUGUAGAAAUUUAAUUGAGAGGCUUGGAGAGUAUGAGGAAUAUAGAGAAAAAUAUGAAAAUAUUAGGGAUGGAAGAGAAAAUGAACGGGUUGAUAAUGCCCGAACGAGGGCAACUUUAGAGGAAAGAUUGGAGAGUUCUAAUGCUAGGAUAGUGGAUUUAACGAGACGAUUAGAAAAUAGCGAGAAUCAAUUAACAAGGUUAGAAAUAAGGUCGGAUGAGAAAAGUGUAGCGAUUCAAAAUUUAAAUAGUCAACUCGCUAAUUUACGACUAGAAAGUGGUGAAAAAGAUAGCAGACUGCGGGAAAAAGACAGUGAAUUAGCCAGAAAAAACGAUGAAAUUGAACGCUUAAAAAAUCAGGCUAAAAGUAGUGAUAAACGGGCUGAAAAAACCCAGGAAGAAUUACUAACUGAAAAAAUCCGCUCAAAGAAAAGAAACUUGGAACUUUUUGCUACGGAAUUAAGGGUUGGUUUAGAACAAAUUAACGGCUUAACUAGAUAUCAUGAAAGAUUAUUCCGGGCUCGCAAAAAUUAUAAUCAAGCCAAUAUUGAGACGCAUGAAAAUAAUAUUAUGAGAAUUAAAGAGGAAUUACAAAAUGCUGACAUUAGCAUAGUAAAUAUUCAAGAACUCUGUGAAAAGUGCGAAAGAAUUGCCGAAUUGAGAGUUAGCGAAACCGCAACCCAAGAAGAAAUAAAAAUUGCUUAUCGGAAAUUAGCCUUAAAAUGGCACCCCGAUAAGUUUGCUACGAAAAGUUUAGAGGAAAAAGAAGAAGCCAAUAAAAAAAUGCAGGAGAUAAAUAAGGCUUAUGAAGUAUUGGGAAGUGAGGAAUUAAGAAAAAGUGCUAUUGAGACCAUAGAAGAAGCAAUGGCAGAGAAAGGCUUAAAGAUUGAGGAUUUGGGAGAAUAUUCUAAUUACAAAGAACUAAUUAAUAACUUAGAUAGGCAAUGGAAAAUCCGUAAUUUGAAAGAUAAAAUUGUG